GUUAGUCUUAUGUAGAAUGUCGUCGUUAGAGGAUGUGUGGUUAUAACCGGCUUUCGUGAUUCAGUUACGCAAUCUCACAAUGCUAAUACAGACUAAAAUGAUAAAAUAUGACUCAGAAUCAUAUUCGCCAGAUAAAGAUUUUGGAUACAUGCCAUUCCACAUUGAGAGAAAUGAAACUUCUUGUACAAAUAUUAAUCACAGUAAAACGGCAAUCGGAAAACUAAUUGAUCAGUGAUCGAGUCUAGAAAUACGACGGAUCUUUACAUGUUACCGGCUUACAUUCGCAAUACAUCCAUGAUCACCUGCAUUAUAGUGAUGGUUCUUGGCAUAAUUGGGAAUCUUAUGGUACCAAUCGUCGUGUUUCGAGGCAAAGAUAUGCGAAACAGCACGAAUAUUUUUCUGGUGAAUUUGAGUGUAGCGGAUCUCUGUGUUCUCUUAAUCUGUACACCAACCAUUCUCGUUGAGGUGAAUUCUGGACCAGAAAUCUGGCCGCUUGGUGAACAUAUGUGUAAAGCUGUACCAUUUGUUGAAUUAACCGUAGCACACGCUUCAGUUUUGACGAUUCUAGCUAUCAGUUUCGAACGGUAUUAUGCAAUUUGUGAGCCCUUACGAGUUGGAUAUAUGUGCACAAAGGCUAGAGCGACAUUUCUUUGUUUCGUGGCGUGGAUCGUGGCGGCGCUUUGCACCAGCCCUAUCCUACUGAUGGCUACAUACGAGGAAGAGAAUAAAGAUGGUACUUACAUUCCGACCUGUUACACGAAAGCAAACACAUAUUGGACAAUCAGUUUCGUCUUAUUUACAAUAAUCAUCUUCUUUGUAAUACCAUUCUUAAUUUUGGUUGUUCUAUACACGGUUAUAGCACGCCAUCUGAUGACGAACCCAACAAUUAGCCGUGGCUCGUCGAACAACUUGCUCAAAUAUCGCAAGCAGGUAAUGCUCAUGCUAGGAACAGUGGUACUCUGUUUCUUCCUGUGUCUAUUACCAUUUCGAGCAUUGACGCUUUGGAUCUUAGUUGUUCCGAUUAAGGUGAUUCUCGAUUUUGGUAUCGAGCGUUACUUCACUCUGCUCUAUUUCUGCCGAGUGAUGUUAUACUUGAACUCCGCCAUUAAUCCUAUUCUCUACAAUUUAAUGUCAACGAAAUUCAGGGAAGGAUUCCUUAAAUUAUGCGGUUUGGGUCCUAACAGAAGAAAGAAGAAGAAAACGUCGGACAAAACUGGUACUUAUACUACUGGCUCAACCAAUUGUAGUAGUAACCAUUCAGAUUUCUGGAGAAGACAUAGCAGUAAUAAGAGUAGCAGUGUUAAGGCGCCAUGCAACAAUUCGACCACGGAGAAACAAACAAAAGUACCACUUCAGACGACAGUCAUUAGCGGAAAUAUUGUUAGGAAAAAACAGGAGAGUUACGUUUAAAAUAAUGGGAUAGGAUAGUUUUUUAAGACUGUGAUUAUUCGAAUCAUUCCAUGAUAUUUUAAUAUCAUUCGGUAUUGUUCAUAUUUAUAUGUGGAUUGUAUUUUAUAAAAUAUUUAUAUGUUAAAACUUAUAUAAUAUUAAAAAGAUUAAAAGAUGAUUCUAAUUUAAAUAUUAAAUAACAGUUUAAUACUUACUUUGUUUUUACUAUUUAUAUCUAUUUUUAUUAUACUAUUUAUAUCUUUGAUAAUGG